UUAUGAUUUUAAAAUCUUAGUAAAAAGUAUGAAGGUAAUUGGAAUGCAAAAAAGCUAAUGAAAGUUGUGUAACCGGUAGGGAUUCUUAAAAGCUUGUUUCUUAAAGAAUGUUGCAAAAUUGCUAAAAUUUAAGAUCGAAAAAGAAUAGAGAUUACCAUUUUCUAAGUUGCACUCAGGCCAGACAUGUUUUUGUCACGCGAUGGUACUUCUAGAAAACACUUCGGGUUUCUAUUUAAAGGAUUUAUUUUUAAGGUUUAAAGAAGCGAAAAAGCUUUUAAAGAUGUUGUUCUGUCAUUAUGAAUGCUAAAGGAAGUACUGGAAGGGUGAUAAAAUUCAAGAGAGGUCUGAUGAAUAUAACAAUUGAAACAAUUGAAAAAUCAAUAUAACUGAAUGGCAAUGCGUCUGCCAGGUUCAUAGGAACGUUACCAACAGAGAAAUCAUGAAAGUUACGGUUGUUGAACUGAGCCACUGUUUUAAGUUCGAUGAUGUUUUAGAACGAAAAGUUGAGUUUGUUGAACAAAAAGUUAAGGAGACAUUGGGGCUGGGAGGGUCACAGCCCCCGCCCCUAAUCUGGCAAAAUUUAUCGCAUCUAAAUAAAGAAAUAAAAUCCGGGCAACAUGUAUACAAAGCUCCUCUAAACGUUUAGUAUCCGCUACGCUGACACCUUCAUUGUGCCACAGAAUACUAUUCCGUGAUUGUGUCACAGUAUUUUCUAUUAUGUGAUUCAGAAGGACAUUCUGAGAACGAGACUAUCCCAUUCAAUUUAACCACACAACAUUUUGAAAUCAUAUAGCGGCCAAUAUGGACGACAACAUCGGUAGGGGAAAGUCGAGAGAAGAAGAUGGAAGGGAUAGAAGGGGAGAAAGGAGAGACAGAGGUGGAAGGAAGAGAGAAAGAAGAGGCAGGGACAGUAGAGACAAAGAUCGGGGGAAGAGGAUGGAGAGGAGCCGACCAAGCCCCAUGGAAAAACAAGAUUCUACACCUCAAGCCUCUGCCCCAAUGAAACAACCAAUUAUUCUAACAAAACCUAUGGCUGAAAAGGUUUUGCAAGAAGCACAAAGUAAAGAGGCUCAGGGAAAAGAGCAGCACCCAGUUGUUAUUGCAAUCCAAAAAAGGGAUGAAAAUAAACCACCAGCUUCUCUUUUAUCAACAAACAGUGGCACAUCAAGGCCAAGCACCAUUGAUUCAACCAAGAGUCAGUCACAAACACUGGAUUCCUUGUCACGGCGGGAGGAGAGAAGUGAGCAAGGGAAGGCUCAAAUGGUCACAAGUUCACAAACAAGCUCAACAGCCCAAAAACUGGAUCAGGUUGUUACUGGACUUGCUGCUUUGCAUGCAACGCCACGAGUGACCAUGAAACAUUCUUCCAAAGUUGUUGAUGACUCAUUUUACUGGAGUGAUAAGUGUCUUACUUCUCUUCUGGAACAAACUGACUUUGUCGUUGUUGGUGUUGUUGGGUACCAAGGUGUUGGCAAAUCAACCAUUCUAUCCAUGCUGGGAGAUUCAAAAAAUGAAGAUGCCCUUAAAAGUGGACUUCUUUUCCGGUCCCAAAGCAAGCAAGAUGUUGAAAAGUCUCUUCACAGAACCGAGGGUAUUGAUAUGUUUGUGACACCGGAAAGACUCAUUUUUCUGGAUACUCAGCCUCUGAUGAGUCCGUCAAUUCUGGACCGUUUUUUACGUCACGAGAGGAAAGUUCCUUCUGAUUUUGGAACGGCAGAAACUUGCGUCGAAAUGCAGUCGUUGCAGAUUUUGACCUUUUUGUUUGCUGUGUGCCAUGUCGUGCUGGUGGUGACGGACCAUUUUUCAGAUAAUAGCCUGUUAAAGCUUUUAAAAACAGCUGAAAUGCUAAAACCAUCGACCGUCGCCCACUCGGGACAAGAAGGCUCUUCGGCGUCCAACGCUGAAAACCUAGAUGAGUACUUCCCUCAUAUCGUUCUUGUCCAUAACCGCUGCGAUCACAAAAUGUUUGAUGCCAAGCAGCUGAAUCACGUCUGUCAAACUGUUGACAAAUUCUUUGGGCAGUCGAGGCUAAAACUCCGAGGAAGUGCAUCAAUAAUUAGAACAGAAAUUUUGCCAUGUGCCAAGCUGAAACUUCUCAGUGAUUUUCAAGAUCUCAACAUAUUCAUGCUACCAGAAUACGAUGAAAGGGAGUCCCAAGACCCAAAAUUACUAGUUACAACGUAUCGUGGUCAUCCGAGCUUUUCGCUGUUGGUGUCAGCAUUACGUCAUCAGUUGUUGUCAAUCCCUAGACAACACUUAACGCAUCAUCCACUCACUGAACGAAGCUGGUUUCAUUAUGCGGCAAGAACUUGGGAUUCUAUCAAGAAAUCGCCUCUUUUAUCCGAGUACCAACGACUGUUAGCAACAUAGCAGACAGCAGAUUUGUGUUAGAAUCAACAUAAAUGACUCUUUGAUAGCAAAUGUCUGGAUGAUCAUCCCAUGGAGUCAAGAAAAGAUCAGUGUUGUUAUCAUGAUAAAUCGCCAGGUACUGCCAUUUGCAAUUUGUUAACCAGUAACUUUUAAGCAGCUAAGACUAAUUUUUUGCCCAUUUGGGUUUUGUUUAGCCUUUUGAAGAAGCAAAAGUCAAAGCCAGUGAAAAUUAUUAGUAAAGCUUUCAAAAGUAAGGCUCUUGUAUUUGAAUGAAAUUGGACAAAUAUCUAGAAUAUGUUGAAGA